AAUCUUAACGUCACAAUCUGCUGUGUACCUUGCACCUCCACACAACCUCAGGCAGCCAGGAGGACGUCCAGACACAAGGACAGACAGCAGCCACGAGGUGCACCGCGGCCUAAUUACUUUCUGAAGGCACCGGAUUUCAUUUGGAGAUGAGUAACCUGGAUGUUUGGACCAAGGACACACAGCCACAGGGAGAAGGUCAUUCCUGGAAUCAUUACUGCAGAGAAAACAAACUUGAGGGAUUUUUCUUUUUUCUGUCAUUCUAGGUCUUGAGGAUGCAAUGGAAUUUCCAAGAUUCACCUUCAAUCCGAAAGAGGGGAUCGACAAUCCAGCCUUGAUCAUCUCAGACGACCCGGAGCCAGAUCCCAGUCCGGUACCCCGCCUGUGCCAGAUAAAGUGCAAAGAGGGCCAGAGUUUUGGCUUCCAUCUGCGAAUGGAAAGGAGCUGCCGGGGCUAUGUUGUCCGCCAGGUGGAUCCGUGGAGUCCUGCAGCGCUCAGUGGGCUCAGGGACGGGGACCGUGUGCUGGAGGUCAACGAGGAAUUUGUCGACAACAUGGAGUUCUCGAGGGUGGUGCAGAGAAUCCAGGCAUGUGGGCUGCAGCUGUUCCUGCUGGUUCUGAAGGGGGAGGAGUAUAAGGAGGCGCUGGCCCAGGGACUGGACAUCCAGGCUCUGACCAGGGCUUACCGAGGGGAGACAUGUUCCCGGCCCAGGCUGUGUCACAUCACCAGAGACCCUGUCUUAGGUCUGGGAAUCAGCAUCAUCCCCAUUGAAGGUCAGAAGGGUCAAUACAUGUUGAGCACAGUAAGUGAGGGUCCUGCAAAGAAGGCAGGGGUGCGUAGCGGAGAUAGACUGGUGUGGAUCAACGGUGCCAUGGUAUCAACGCUCACCCAUUCAGCUAUCAGUAAAAUGGUGAAGAAAUGUAGCGUCCAUGUGACCGUCCUCGUCAUCGACAGAGAAAGUGAAGCGAGCUAUGUCCGACGGAAACUGCCCAUCUUGCCGAUCAUGGCCGGCUCUCACAACCUGCCACACAGACCCACAACGAUGCAUCUGGUCCAGGGGUCAGAUGGAUACGGCUUCUUAUUACGUCAAGAGAGGUUGACAUCAGGGGGGCCUAUUGCUCACCUACUCCGUGAGGUGGAUGUGGGGAGUCCGGCAGAAGAGGCUGGCAUGCAGGAUGGAGACUUGCUGCUGGCGGUCAAUGGGCAGCCUUCGGAGUCCAUGGAGCAUGAGGAUAUUGUCAGGACAGUGAGGAAGAGUGGCAACCGGGUUAGCCUCACCACCAUGCCCAUACACGGAAGAGACUUCUACACGCAGUUGGGUCUAUCUCCCCUGCUAUUCCAUGAGGACAGUCUGCCAGAAGGGGAGGGGAUGAGGAAGACACAGUCCCCUUGCACUGAGAUUCAGGAUGGGCUGAGUAAAAACGAGCAUGGCUCACUUCCUUGUCCGAGACUCUGUGUCCUCGAGAGAGAAGAAUCAGGCUUUGGGUUUAAUCUGGGCUGUGUUCAACAUGAGCCAGGAACUUUCAUAGGCCAGGUGGUGGUAAAGGGCUCAGGACAUAGGGCUGGGCUGUGGGAAGGGGAUGUCGUUGUGGAGGUAAAUGGCCAGAAUGUAGAGAAUGAGUACUUUGAGGACGUUGUGAUGCUGAUAAAGAAGAGCGAGUCGUCUUUGAAAUUACUGGUUGUGGAGAGGUCAGGGUAUGAGAGACUCAAACAUAAUGGGCUUCCAAUCACUCCUGGGGUCAUACUCCACAGCACUCAGGUUUUAGAGAAAACGAAUGAUGCUUUCUUGUGAUGGAAUGCUGAGAAGUGACCCAAGUCGUUAUGAAGACAACAUUAGGCAUCUCACCUAACAGAGGAUCUGGCACUGGCACAGCAUCAACAACAAACAGCUGCAGUCACUCAGUCAUGUCCCAAUGAUAACACAGUGCAGGACGAAAUCAGUGAAGCUAUUCCCUCUACUUCUAAAUGCAACCUGAAAGAGAAGGACUGAAAUAGAUGCUUGGCCUGCGCUGUGUCCUAAAUGCCAUCCUAUUCCCUAUAUAGUGCACUACUUUUGACCAGGGCCCUAUGGGGGGGGGGGGGGGGGGGCAUUGGGGGCACCCUUCGCUCCACAUCUCCCAAUCUCACAUGUCCUCUUUGUCAGGACUAGAUAUAUGCUAUGACCUGCUUCUUGCAAUGGAGGAUUUGCAGAGUAGAUUGCACACUGUUUCAAUGAUUAAUAUCUCAUGUGUAUAUGAUGGGAUAAUGAAGUUCAGGUUUAUUCUAAGGUGAAAUCAGGAUGAACAAAAUAAAAUGGGAAAAACAUCA